AUGUCCUCCCUCUCUGCUGAAGAUGAAGACAUCUUCGAGCGCUUGCAACAACGCAAGGACCCGCAAGUGCUGGAAGAGCAGCAGCAGGCCGUGAAUGAGCGGACCCAGGCAAUUCUCCAGAAGGCCCAGUCUCGUCUCUCGGAGUUGCUUGACCAAAACUCGACCCUGCCCUGCGCCAUCUCGUCGGUCCAGGUCGUCAGUGCACCCCACACACGGCGAAGCUUUCUCGAGCGAAUCCUCAACCCCCUUCUGAGCGAGAACAAGGAUCGGCCUCUAACCCUAUCCGAGGCAUUGCGGGAGAUUUCGGCAACGGCAGACAAGCUUGGACGGUUUGAUCUAUUCCAGCAGCCCAUCUCCGUUCACCUGGAUCAGUCGAAAACGAACACCGGCACUGGACUGCGUGAAAUCGACGUGAUUUUGGCAACCCGAGAGAAAUCCCGUGUCCUGUUGAAGACCGGCACCGAUCUUGGAAACGCUGAAGGCUCCGCCUAUGGUAACCUUCUCUGGCGCAAUGUCUUCGGUGGCGCCGAGACACUGAACCUCAAUGCUUCGCUGGGCACUCGUACUCGGUCCGCUUACCAGGCCGCAUUUGAAACGCCAAUCUUCUGCGACCCCGACUUCCGCCUGGAAAUUGGAGGUAUUGCAAGCUCCACCCAGAAGUCUUGGGCUAGUCACGAGGAGGUUCUCAAGGGAGGCUGGAGCAAACUUCGGUGGCUGUCCCAGUCUGGACACCGCCACGAGUUUGGCUACAACGGAUUCUGGAGACAGACCACCGGGCUUGCUGAGAAUGCCUCUCCCACGGUUCGUGCGGAUGCAGGUGAUAGCGUGAAGAGCAGUAUUUCCCACAGCUGGAUCAAUGAUCAACGGGACCACCCCAUGCUGCCCUCUCGCGGGUACUACGCCAAGGUUUUCAAUGAAGUCGCCGGCUGGGGCCCGCUGAAGGGUGAUGUGUCUUUCUGGAAGUCGGAAAUCGAGACCCAGGGUGCGAUUCCCAUCCCGAUCCCCGGUAUCAAGGGUGACAGUGGAGUCAGCCUCACUACCGGAUUCCGUGCAGGUCUCCUGUACCCUCUGGGACUGGACUCGGACUCGCGCCCUCAGCUGUCCCGAGUCAACGACCGCUUCCUUCUUGGUGGACCUACCGACGUCCGUGGAUUCCGUCUAUGUGGGCUUGGCCCCCGUGAAGGACCCGACGCUCUUGGUGGGGACGUCUAUGCCGCUGGAAGUGCUAAUUUGCUUUUCCCGCUUCCGCGCGUGGGUGCUGAGAAGCCCUUCCGCAUGCAGGCCUUCUUGAAUGGCGGUAGACUCUUGCCGCUGCGCACUUCGCAGAAGAACUCUCCCACCAACAGCGGUGAGGUGCAAGAUGCCAUGGUCUCGACCCUCUCCGAAUUGCAAAACGGUCUGCCCAGCGUCGCAGCCGGUGUUGGUAUUGUAUACGCCCAUCCGGUGGCACGCUUUGAGCUGAACUUCUCUCUGCCGCUGGUCCUGCGGAAGGGCGAAGAGGGCCGGAAGGGAUUGCAGCUUGGUAUUGGCAUCAACUUCCUGUAG